UGUAAAAUGUUAUAUUUAUCCCGUAUAUGUAAAUAGAUAUAUUGCUAUUAUUUCAUACUAAUAUUUUUCAAUAACGAUACUUCCUUUUCCAAUCUAAAAUUACAUUUUAUGUUAAAGUGAGAUUUAUAAAGGGAACGUGGAUUAUUUAAAUCUUAAAGAUGUCGAUUUAUUUUAAAAGUGUUGUCUUUGUUAUCGUUUUCACUAAUUUUAAAGUAACUGGUGUGGAUUUUACUAUUAGCAGGGAGAGAGUUUUACUAGGCAGCACAGGAACAUUAACUAUGACAUGCGAUGUCUCUGAAACAGAUGUUGAUACUGUCUACCUCAUACAGAUAAGACGAAUUAAAUCAACAACAAGUUCUGGAUCAGAUCCUAAUGAUUGGCAAACAUUAGCAUUAAUGCAGCUAAAAGACAAUGAAAGUCCUACAUUAGCACCAGAAAUAACAGCAAUAGCUGAUACUAAAGAUUAUGUUGCUGGAGGAUUAUGGGAUUCUGACACACCUGCUAACACGUUUCUUACAUUGUCUUUGAACAUGGAGAAGCUAGUCUGUGAUGAAGCUAGGACUUAUAAAUGUUUUUUCUCAUAUAAAAGCACCACAUCUGGAACUAUUGCUAGUGUUGAAAGGAAUGCCACUUUCUCAGCAUAUGUAAAACCUCAAGUGACAUCAUUAGUUGUAAGGAAGAAUGGUUUUAUAGUAGAAGGAAUGUCACCAUCUAACAUGGCCACUGCUGAGGUAGGAGAUGAGUUGGAACUUACAUGUACUGCUAAUAUAGGAAGCUUACCAACUACAGAUAUUCGAUGGCAUAGAACAUCGGAAACAUCUUCAAGCAAUGACUUUAUUGGUUAUCAACCACCUCAAGGUACAUAUGAUGAGGGCACCGCAGCAAGUGACAAUCAGUGUGGAUAUACACGAGUAGCUAAAAUCAGAUACAACGUAACAGCGGCUGAUGCCAAUAGAGAUAACAAUCUGGCAUUCGAGUGUUAUGUUACAGUUAGUGGAGAUCCAUAUGGGAACUCGUAUACCUCCGAAAACAAUCCGAGAUUUUAUACUGAUGUCACUAAACCAGGUGAUGGAAUGACAACCAAUACUAUGAUUACAACAGAUAAAAACGAGGAAUGCUUGACAGCGGGAGUUAUUGCUGCAAUUGUGAUUGCCUCUUUUACGGUCGGUGUUUUAGUCGGGGUGGCGUUAACAUGGCUGAAUCUAAGUAGGAAUCAAAUAAUGAAAGGUAUUUUAAAUUAA